AUGCGGGAGGCCAAGCUGGAGCCCGACGUCAUUUUUAGCUACAACGCUGGGGUCAGCGCGUGCGGGAAGGGCGAGCAGUGGCAGCGGGCGCUUGCGCUGCUGAGCGAGAUGCGGGAGGCGAAGCUGAAGCCCAACGUCAUCAGCUACAGCGCUGGGAUCAGCGAAGCUGGAGCCCAACUCAGCUACAAUACUGGGAUCAGCGCGUGCGAGAAGGGCGAGCAGUGGCAGCGUGCGCUUUCGCUGCUGAGCGAGAUGCGGGAUGCGAAGCUGGAGCUCGACGUCAUCAGCUACAGCGCUGGGAUCAGCGCGUGCGAGAAGGGCGGGCAAUGGCAGCCGGCGCUGCUACAGCGCUGGGAUCAGCGCGUGCGAGAAGAGCGAGCAGUGGCAGCGGGCGCUUGCCCUGCUGAGUGA